ACCAGCAGGUUGGAUGGUAGUGUGCUGGCAGGUCUAACUAGCGCUUAGCCGUCCUAUACUUCCUGCAACGAAGGCCUCGGCUUAAUCACUAAACCAUAGCGGGACUGGCCAACGGUAUCGUUCUCUGCGUUCACUCUCGAAUGCUUGAUCCGUAGUUGAUCGCAUUCAGCGAUUGGUGAAGGCGAGCGGUCAAUGGACGGGACCUUCUGCUGAGCAGGACUAUCCCGUUCGAACUAGAUCAUCGAGUUGACAGAGAGGCGAUCGGAUAUCGUAUGCCAAAAUGUUGUCGGGGUUCUCUAAGAUCCUCGCGAGCACCGCCGCUUCGAUUGAGAAGACGGUCCAGAGCACGGUACAGGAGGUCACAGGGCCCAAGGCGCUAGCUGACUAUGACCUCGGCGAGCAGAUCGGGUCGGGCGGGCCGGGCAUGCUGUGGAAGCUGUACCGCGCGACGCCCAAGAGCAAGGCGCAGCAGACGGUGACGUCGGAGGUGUGCGUGUGGUUCCUCGACAAGAAGGAGCUCUCGGAGGAGCGCUCGCACCGCGGCAUGAGCAAGGCGGCGGAGGAUCGGCUGCUGGACAUCUUCCGCGCGGACGCGAAGGUGCUGCAGAAGCUGCGGCACCCGGGCAUCGUGCGCGUGGUGGAGGCGCUGGACGAGAGCAAGUGGGCCAUGGCCAUGGUCACCGAACCCGUCUUCUCCUCCCUCGGCAACGCCCUCGGCAACCUCGAGAACCUCGCCACCAUCCCUCACGAGCUCGAGAAACUGGAGUUGGGGCAGCUGGAGAUAAAGCACGGGCUGAUGCAGCUGGCGGAGACGCUGAGCUUCAUCCACCGCAACGCCAACAUCAUCCACCGCGGCAUCAACCCCGAGACGGUGUUCAUCACCAAGAACGGCGGGUGGAAGCUGGCCGGCUUUGGCUUCUCCGUGCCCGCUGACGACCAGCCCGACCCCGAUGAGCCCGCCUUCCUCUACCCCGACUUUGACGUGGACGACCAGGUGCUGCCGCUGCAGCCGCUGCUGGACUACGUGGCACCGGAGCUGACGCGCCGAGCCACCAUCAACCGAGCCUCCACUUCGGCGUCCAAGGACGCGCGGGCGAGCGUGGACGUGUUCUCGCUGGCGCUGCUGGCCUUCCAGCUCAUCGCGCGGCGCCGCCUCAUCCACGCCAACAACAACCUGCGCACCUACAACAACCGCGUGGCGGGGCUGCGGAGCGAGUCGCUGGCGGGCAUCCCCAUGGACCUCGAGACCGACCUGCGCCGCAUGCUCGCCCCUGAACCAGCCGCCCGCCCCACCGCCUCAGAGUUCGCCGCGUCGCCCUUCUUCACUGAGGACAUGCGCCUGAGAGCACUCAGAUUCCUCGACCAAAUGAUUGGACGGGACAACAACGCGCGGGUGGAGUUCCUGAAGUCGCUGGCGUCCAUCUGGGCGGGCUUUGACUCGCGCGUGCUGCGCUUCAAGGUGCUGCCCGCGCUGCUGGAGGAGCUCAAGAACCCCGCCACGCAGCUGCUCGCGCUGCCCUGGGUGCUCGAGGUGGCGGAGGCGCAGGACGCGCAGGACUUUGAGCUGCGCACGCAGACGCUGCUGCUGCCGGCCAUGGAGCACGCGGGGGGCGACGUGCUGCUGCUCUUCAUGAAGCACCUCCCCGCCCUCGUCAGCAAGGUGUCCCCCGCGGUGCUGAUGUCGCACGUGCUGCCCAUGAUCGUGCGCGCCUACGAGGACCCAGACCCGCGGCUGCAGGAGGAGACGCUGCGGCGGUCGGCGGUGCUGGUGCAGUCGCUGGACUUCGAGAUCGUGCGCUCCAUCAUCAUGCCGCGCGUGCACAUGCUCGCCCUCCGCACCUCCGUUGCUGCCGUGCGGGUGCAGGCGCUGAUCUGUCUGGGCGACCUGAUCCCCAACCUGGACAAGGCGGCCGUGAUGGACAUCCUGCAGACGUGCGUGCGCUGCGCUGCUGUCGACCGCUCGCCGCCCACACUCAUGUGCAUCGUCGGCAUCGCUGACAUCAUUCAGAGGCAGUACGGCAUCGAGUUCGCGGCGGAGCACAUCCUGCCGCUGCUGUGCCCCAUGCUGGUGGUGCAGCAGCUCACCGGCCCGCAGUUCGCUCGCUUCCUCAAACUCAUCAUGGACGUCCUCACCAAGAUCCAGGACAAGCGCGGAGUGAGUUUGAGUGAGGCGGACUCCAUAUCGCUCGACCUCGCCUCCAUGGGCAUCUCCACCCCCUCAGACGCCACGGUCGCCUUCGAUGACAGCGCCAAGCCUGCAUGGGACUCGCAACCAGACUGGUCCAAGGCACCUGCCUCCUCCGCUCCCCCCUCCUCCUCCGCCCCCUCCUUCCCUGACCCCUUUGCCUCUGCCCCCCCCAUGUCCUCCACGCCCUCCGCCUCGCCCGCCUUCGGUGCCUCUGACCCCUUCGCCUCCUCCUCUCUCCCCGCUGCACCUUCCUCCAGUCUCGCUUCCCUGGCUGCCAAGCCCGCAGGUGGUAUAGGGGGCAUUGGCGGGGGUGGUUUGGGGGGCAUAGGGGGAGGUGGCAUUGGUGGCAGCAGUGGCAUAGGCGGUGGCGGUAUGGGGGUUGUUGGCAUGGGCAUGGGAGGGGGGCUAGGGGCACCAUCUAUGGGAGGGUCACUGGGAGGAGGGCUAGGAGGAGGCACAGGGUUCGGUGGGGGUCUGGGAGGAAGCGCAGCAGGAGGAGCAGGAGGGAGUGGUAUGAGUGGCAUGGGCUCUGUGUCGCUGCAGUCAGACCCCAAUGACCCCUUCGCUGACUGGCCUCCCAGAAAACCGCAGGCAGGACAGGGGUCCAUGGCAGCAGCACCAGCAGCAGCGGCAGCAAUGGGUGCUCCAGCGCGUCCCCUGGGCGGAGUGUCCAAGGCCAGUGGGCCGCUGGACAUGGACGACUGGGGCGGCAGCUCCUUCCAGUCUGCCGCCCAGCCACCUGCCGCUGCCACGGGCAUGGGGGGCAUGGCAGGAGCAGGCAUGGGCAUGGGCAUGGGCGGAGGUAUGGGAGCGGGCAUGGGAAUGGGCAUGGCCCGGCCUAUGGGUGGUGGUGGCAUGGCUCCAGGGUUUGGGGCCUUCCCCACUGCUCCCAUGGCUCCCAUGGCUGCUAUGGUUGCUCCCCCUGCUGCUGCUGGUGCUGUGUAUGGCGGCAUGCGCUUUGCUCCCCCCCCCUCGCAAGGCUUCCCUGCCCCCCCUGCUUCUGUGGGCAUGGUGGGGGGCUUCACUCCCCCUCAACGCCCCGCUGCCCCCCCCAAUCCGGAGGCGCUAUGCUGGACUUGUUGUGAUGCACGGGGUAACCACAGGAGUGUUAACGCCCACUCUGCCUGACAGGCAAAGAAAGUCAACCCUGGAAGCAUGGGCCCUCAGGUGGUGUGGUAGAAGCCUUGUGCUGGUUUAGUAUAAAUCUAGGUACAGCCCAAACACCUGUCCCCAUGUAGAAAGGUACCAGUUUUGUACUCAAAAACGC